AUGGGCGGAAUCAAGGACACCGUAUUGCCUUGGCUGUUCCUUGGUCCUGUACCCUUGCGUUGCUUGUACCUGCGGCAUUCGGUUCACAUUGCACGGCUGUUUGACUACCACGUCACCAUGGGCAAUGAGAGUCGCACCCUGCCUAUGCGCGAGCUGUCAAGGAGUGGAGCUGCAAUAGCCUUGUCAAUGGCACUAUAUGGAUGGGUUGGGUAUCUGCAUCGCCAAUCUUGCAAACACAAUCCCACGUAUCCGGAUUGCUCUUGCCUGGCUCCAAACUUCCCGCACUCCUUCUUCACCGUUGCUCACUUUGAGAAGAUGACCGGCCCCAUGGCUUCACCGUCCUUCGACAGGCAAAGUCGAAAGGACAGUUCAGCUUCGUUGUCGUUGUCGAUCUCCAGCUCAGGAACGUCAGCCAUGGCAGGAAGUGCAUCAUCGGCUCUGAACAACGAGCCAGACUGGCCUCGAUCAUGGCGAGCCUAUGCUUGCAUGGUAGGCUGUGUCUUGCUCAUGUUCAACUCCUGGGGACUUGUGAAUGCUUACGGUACUUGGUCUUCCUACUACGUCGGCCACUCUCUGCGCAAUGUGGACCAGCUCAAACUCAAUCUGAUCGGAUCAACACAAUCUGGGAUCGUCUUACUUUUAUCCAAUCCUGUUGGUCGAUUACUGGAUGCAGGCCAUUUCCGCAAGGUCAUCGGCUGCGGUACCCUUCUCGUACCUCUCGGUCUUUUUCUGCUGUCCGUGGUACACCCCAGCGACGUUGAAGCCAUUACCAGCUACUUGCCCAUCUGGGCGACGCAAGGACUCGUGAUUGGAUUGGGUAUGAGCACCUUCUUUGUUUCGAGCUCUCAGAUCGCUUCCACAUGGUUUCCAAAGCGAAGGGGCCUUGCUGUCGGCUAUGUCGCUUGUGGUGCCAGUUUAGCAGGAGUCGUCUAUCCAACAAUGCUUCGUUAUCUGAUCGCACUGGUUGGCUUCAACGAUGCCGUCCGCUAUGUCGCAACUCUCACGGCAGUUACCUGCCUGUUUUCGUUCAUUUUCUGUACCCCGAAUCCAGAACAUGAUCACCAUGAACCCAAGAAAUGGGCCGCGGUUGAAACCUGGUUUGACAUGGACGCAUUUCACAAUACGGCUUUCUGUUGGUUUACUGCGGCCGUUGCCUUUUUGUUCCUGGGUUUCUACCCCAUCUUCUUCAACUUGGAAGAGUGGGCAUCGGUCAGAGGCUUCGGCGUCCGAAUGGCGACCAAGAACGCCGACGAUGCUGCCGUGGAGGACAGUUCUAACAGACCUCUGGAGACCUUUUGGCUUCUCACCAUUAUGAACGGAGCAUCCACCGUCGGCCGCAUGCUUCUAGCUCAUUUCGCCGACGUCGUUGGCGCACUCAACAUGCACAUUGGCUCUACGAUCGUCGGUUCCCUCCUUGUAUUGAUACUCUGGUCGCUUGCUGGAUCCGAGACCGACGCCAUCGCAUUCUGCGUCGUCUUUGGGCUUUUCUCAGGCAUGAUCAUCGGCUGCCCUCCAGCAUCGGUUGGAAACAUUUUGAAUUGCACCUACACAUCAAAAGAGCUUCAACCCUUGUCGAAGCAAAAGCUGGGUCACUGGACUGGCAUGAUGUACUUCUUCGCCGGUGUUCCAGCCCUUACUGGCCCUCUCAUCGCUGGCAGCCUCAUCACAAAGUACAAGACUUACCUCACCGUCCAACUGUGGUCUGGCACAUGUCUAGUGGUCUGCUUCUGCUGCAUGAUUAUAGCCCGCUGGUACCUACCAUCGUACAGCGGCUUCACUGCCAAAGAAGAAGUUGUUCGCUUCUUGAAGCAAGACUACCCCGAGAAAGAAUGUAAGGAAAGCGAAGCCACCAUGGUCGAGGCUCCUGAGGCGCUCUCCCAAGCUCCUACACGAGUCGCAAGCACGAUGCCUUCGCGACACGGAUCUUCUGAGAAGGUCAACUCGCCGGGAGAUGUGGUGUAA